GCUCACCGCCAGUGUUUCAGUUUGACUGUUAAAAAGUGUUAAGAUAAUAGGCUAUAUGCACAGUUACUUCCUGGUUACGGACAAGCCAGCCCAAUCACUUCCGGUCGUCUGUCGUCAGGUGAGCUUUCUGUCAGAGCCGGCAAAACCAAAACAAUGACUUUCUACACUCAAGACUUACCCCGUGUCACUAUCAACGAUGUACACCGUCUUAUUAAGGCCUACUCAACCACGGCAUUAACCAAAAAGAAUAAAGGAUUUAAGCUGUACAUGACCAGCUAUAUUCAUGACUAUGAAGUUUCUGACAAGAACGAGUCAGGAGAGGUGUCUGUGAGGGCAAGCUGCUUCAGGUCAAUGAGGAAAAGCGAGAGACCACACAACUUAAGUAUUGUUCUCAAAGACUCUAAGCCUGUUGAACUGCUGGCAUGCCAGUGCUCAUGUGUGGCAGGGCUUGCACUCUGCAGUCACAUUGCAGCAUUGCUGUACCAAACCUCACAUUACAGCCAACAGGGAGCAAUAGCUGUCCCCCCUACUCACAGCUGUACAGGGUCUGAGCAACAAUGGCACAAACCCAGGACCCAGGGUUUCAAGCCUGGUCCAACAAAUGAGAUGGUAGUGUUGCCAGCUCGGCCCAAGGAGAGAAGAGUGGCUGAAGGAAUCAGGAGUAACUUAUACAAAGGAGCCUGUAACCUGACCUGUGACCUUCCAGACACGUCAGUCCUUUGGAUGAAUGACAUCUACCAAGGCAUGCCAAGGGAAGCUGCUCCACUAAUAACAACCAUGGGAAUAGCAGGGGGUGUACCAUUAGUAGACAGUGCCUUUGGAAAAGUCCAAGAAGGUAGUGUUCUCUCCUACCAUCUUCCAGCAUGGACUCCACCAAUGACACCUCUACAUGUCACUGCACCACCACGACCAUCCUUACCUCUUGAUGGUUACUCUUUGGGGCCCUCGGAGUGUUGUUUUGUGCUUAGCUACCAUCAGCAGCUGCACAUGAAAUCUCUGGAAACAUCAGAGAUCAUGGCGCACCAACUUGAAGAAAGCACAAGACAACAGAGCACACUGAAGGAAUGGCACCUUCUAAGAAAGCCACGAGUGACUUCCUCUAGAUUCAGAGAGGUUUGCCAUGUGAGAGGACAGUCCUCAGCGGAGAACCUGGCACUCAUGAUUUUACGGCCAGGUUAUCAGACCGCAGAAAUGAAGAGGGGUCUUCAGAUGGAGCCCAAGGCUGUAGAAGAGUACUGCCUUGUUAAGGAUGUAAACCACUAUCCUUGCGGUUUCAUCAUCCACCCAGAUGCACCAUGGCUCAGGUCAUCACCAGAUGGGUUGGUAUAUGACCCGAAUGCUGAGCCUGCGUUUGGACUGCUGGAGGCACACAGACAUAUGACAUCCACGUACACAUACAUAUUACAGAAAUACAAAGGAAGAUAUCUAUAGUGUGCCCUCUCAGUAAAAUUAGAUUGUAGCAUGUUUAAAUGAGCGGUGUGCAAAAAAAGCAGAAAGGUGCAAUUGUAACGUAGUGCAAGAGAGUGCCAGUGCCAACAGUAUCACUCCAGUCCAGGGUAGUCCAUGACGAUGGAGAUUUGUAAUUGUUGUACUUGUGAACUCUCUUUUUUAAUUUAUUUAUUUUAAGUAAUGUUUAACUGAUGCAUUGCAUGACACAAUGUUUGGUUUUAUACACCAUCAGGACCAUGGUACACUCUGUUGUAUGGUGUUGUACAGUAUCUGAUGUUUGUACAUGCUGUCUGAAAUGAUGGAAAUUUUUUUCCACUGACUGAAAUGUAUUUAAAUUGUUGACUGUAGAACAUGUCACCUUCAAUUACAUAUUUUCUUAUGUUCAUUUGUUCUGAGAUUAUUUAUUUGUAUCUAAACACAGUAUUGUGUAAGUGCUGCUUGUAAUGACCACAGUAAAAUACACGUUUUGUGAGAUCCCUA